AUGCCACUCAAACCUGCCGUGUCGGCUCUUGCGAGGAACACGAUCAAGACUGCCUACGAUGAACUUGAUCGCACAAUCAAUUUGGCAGACAAGCGAGAUUUCCCCAACACAGCGUUACAAGAUGUUCGUGAGGCUGCUCUGAAAAUUGAGAAUCAACUCGCCGCCAGACAAUCUCUUCAAAAUAUGCGCCGCCUCCUGCCAUUAUUCCGAGGUCUCGAACACUACUCCAAGGUGGUGGAUAUCCUAUGCAACGGCACUCCAUACUUACCAUGGAUAUGGGCCCCAAUUACUCUCAUCUUACGAAUAGCAUCCGAAUUCGUCGAAGCCUUUGAACAGAUCAUCAAAGGCUAUGCUAGUAUUGCAGAGUCAUUGAAGCGUUUUGAGAUUCUCAGCGAUGCCUUCAUCAAUGAACCAGACUUCCAGCAGACGGUAGCAGUCUUUUAUGCAGACAUCCUCAAAUUCCACAAGUCUGCUUACAAAUUUGUUCGACGGAGUGGCUGGACACUGAUAUUUUCCGCAUCUUGGGGUCGUUUCGAGAGGAGGUUCGGAAACAUCCUCGAGGAUUUAAAGCAGCACGGUACCUUGAUUGAUCUUGAAGCCAACGCUCGCGACAUCUCCCAAGCGAAGACAAUGCGAGACGAUAUCCGCAAAUGGAGAGAAGAGAGUGAAAAUCGAGUUCGACAGGAGGAUAUUGAACACAGUGCAAAACAGUACGAAUCCAUCGUGUCUUGGCUUAAGGUCAAUGACGCCGAUCAACUGGCUAUCAUCGAAUCGAUAUCGUCCGAAGCUGCAGAGUAUCAAGGAACUUGUGGAUGGAUACUGAAGAACAAAAAGGUCCGUUCCUGGGCUGAUGCCAAGCCAGACACACCGGCCCUGUGGUUGAAGGGGUCAGCCGGAACUGGAAAAAGCGUCUUGUGCACCCAGCUUGUCAACUUUCUGAAAGGGACCAAGUUUGUGGUAUGCCACUUCUGCACAUACCUUUACGCAUCCUCAACAAUGUACGAGCAGAUACUAAAGUUGUUGCUGCUCCAAGUCCUUCGGAAGGACGCAGAUCUUGCUGCUCAUGUGUACAAGUCAUGCAUCAUGGAAAAGAAGUCCCCGACAACUACAGCUCUGGAGCAACUACUGCAAAAGCUUCUCGCAAGUAUGUCAAGUGAUCCCAGGAAGUACCGCUUGCAAGGUUUUGCUUUCCAGCCGGGCACCAUCAACUUCGUUGGACCGACUCAAGAGAAAGCAGAUUGUCUCUUUAAGCGAGGAAAAGACUUUGUUGAACGCGACAAUUCGUCAGGCGUGAUCGUGACAAAGUCUGACGGAAUGUUUCUUUACGCUCGACUUGUCAUGGAUUAUCUCUCAAGCAACAUCUUCUUCAGUGGUUAUGAGUUCAAAGAAUCGGUAAAUCAGCUGCCGCGGAAACUCACCGAUUUCUACCAAAGAAUCUUGAGUCACAUAUUGGCCCCACUAGACCGCCGCUCAGAGGACCGCAUAAGAUGCAUACUAGGGUGGAUUGCGUUCGCCAAGAGGCCAUUACGCAGAGCCGAACUAUUGUCUGCUAUCACUUUCAGUUCUGGCGACUCCAAGAUCUCUGAUUUGGUACCUGAGUAUAUAAUCGACAUGACUGGUACGCUCAUUGAAGAGAGGAAGGAUUCAACCCUGGCUUUCAUUCAUAAUUCUGUGAAAGACUUCCUUCAGACAUCCUCACAAAGCAUUGUUAUUAGAGAGCGGCAAGCCUUCCAGGAACACGGAGUAGCUACAGUGGCUUGCCUUCUCUCGGGGCUGAAAACCUUUGACGAUGCAUACCCAGCACACGAUAGGGUUCUCCGGGUAGCCAAAGGAUUGCAUGGAUUCCAUGUUUAUGCCACCGAGUUCUGGACGGAGUAUCUGUUCUCCUGUGCUAGUUCGAACAAUACGAUCACAGCAGACUCGUUGCCAGAAUCUUUGAUUAGUCUUGCUUGUGAACUAGCAGAUGAGUUGGAACGCACAGAUCCGACAGUAAUGGCCGACGAUCCUAUGAUUAAGCCAAUAGAUAAGCGGCUGGAAUUCCUGCAACAGUACCAAGUGCUUCAAAAACACGUGGACCGAGCCUUGAGAGGAAGAUCCCUGGACAGCCUAAAGUCCAGAAUUUUGCAAGAUCAUCAUAACCAUGUAAAGCAGCAGCGUUCGACAACUCAGCCUAUCUCCGAUAAGAUCGGGACGUUGCUGGCGUCGUAUCAGGAGCUUGUCAAGUUCUUGCUUAGCCAAACCUAUUACCCUGGCAUUUCUCCCGAUGAACUAGAGUCAUUCAAAGUUCACUUCGGAACUGCCGCUUUCACUUGCCGAUUAACUUCAUGCUCGUAUGCAACUAUUGGUUUCAAUACCGCGAAGCUUCUCAUGGAGCAUGAACGUACGCACAUUCGAUGGUUUCAAUGUACGGUUCCCGGAUGCCAAUAUCCCCCCUUGGUGUCGAAUCAAGCUCUCACGAACCACAGAAAGAAAUACCACACUCCUGUUAUUACUUCGAAACCUAUACUCAGGCACACAUCUACUUCAAAGAGGAAUAAUUUAAACCAUUCCCAAGGUCUGCGUCGUGAGUCAUCCACCAAUCAGCCACAGGAAAAGCAGCCAGGGCAGCAACAGCUAUCGCCUCAACAGGGCCAGGAACCUCCACAGCUGCAACAGCCUGGCCAGAACAGCGCCAACCCUGGUAUGCAACCGGCCGGCGCACUUGGUCCCAAUACCGUAUAUGAUGUACAACCACAGGUGCCUCAAGACUUCCCACCACAUGUUCUUCAGGUCUUUCCAGACGACAUGGCGGAGGUCCGAAAUCAGCGACCCAAUCUGGCUCAGAUACCUGAUGACCAGUUGCACAACAUAGUUCUUGAGAUGAAAAAGGACUCAUGGGGGCAACAACAGCAGAUGCGUAACCAACAAGCUCUGGUGCAACAGCAUAUACGAAAUCAACAAGCUCAGGCGAAAACGAGAGCCCAGAUAGCACCUGAUCAAAGUCAGCAAGGCGCACAGAGCCAGAUGGGUGUGCCUCAAGGUCCUUCUCAACAGCAAUCACCUCAGCCAAACCAGACGCCUCGACCUCAGAAUGUGCCAGUACCGAAUGCGAUGGCACAAAAUGUCACUCCUCAAACGAACGGCCAAAAGCAGCCCAGCGUUACUCCAGAGCAGACACGACCUGAACCACAGCCCGCUAACAACCGAGCCCAACCGAAUCAGGCUAUAAAUAAGACCAUAGCACACCUCAUAGCACUGAGACAGGAGGAGCGGCGACAAGUAGUUCAGGAAGCCAUGCCUGAUAUUACUAUGAUGCCACAAGAGCACAGUCAGACGGCUGCCAAGCUCCAAAGAAUCGUAGUAGACAUAAGCAAGAUUAGUCGUCUCGUCCGCAAGUGGUAUGGCAUCACUCGUGAUGACGCACGUGCUAGGGUAUUCUUCCGAACGCGGUGGAGGAUUUUGAAACAGUUCGCUGAUGACGAGAAGAUGUCGAUUCUCAAAGAUGCCUUCUCGAUUCGAUCAUCCGAGAUUGACCACGCUCGAGAUUUACUCGAGAGUAUGGCAAAGGAUCUUAUAAAUGCUCGAAAUGCGGAUAUGGCUAAACAGCAGGGUACACCUCAAGCUCAGAGCGCCCAGCUUACCCAGCCGCAACAGCCAAUGCCCCAACAGCAGUAA